CUCUCCGACUUGCACCCACGACUCGAACACGGCCCAGCUAGGCCUAUUACAUGAUACCAAACAAUUUUCCUAUACCAGCCACGACUUUGCGUGCCGCUGACGAUGCUGGCUGCCACCAGAUCUGUUCCUUUAGGUGGGGCUGUGUCUCGGCCGGCUGCGGAAAGCGUCAAGUCGUACGUCUGCUCGACGUGUGGCAGACGGUACCAACGAAACACGCACUUGCGGCGGCAUGAAGCCACUCGUGAGUUUUACCCACGCCGUGAGACACUAGCUUGGGAUGGUUCAUUGGGAUAUCACAACGUCUUGCACCGCACAUGCCAAACGGGCUUAGCUACCAGACAACACACUGCCCAGAGUUGUUGAGCUGACAUGUCCCCACGCCAUGGCUUGGACUUGCACGCUCGUUUAUGGUGUUGUGGUCUAACGAGGUCCAGAUGUCGACGUAUUUCGCUUCAAAUGUCAAUACUGCCAGAAGCGGUUUGCCAGGGGCGACGUCUGCCGCAAGCACAGUCUCAGCUGUGCCAAGAAAGACGACAGCACAGACAUCUUAGAGCGUCGCCGUGGACAGAAGCCUCGGGCAUGCGAGGCCUGCUUCCACAGCAAGGUCUCGUGCAACAAGGUAUACCCGUGUGCCCGCUGCACGGCUCGCCGCGUAACCUGUAGAUUCCGCGAUGCAUCCACAACGAAUGACUCGUCACAUAACACGCCCAGCGGCACGCUAGAACUGUCCUCGUCGAGCAGCACGAGCCAAACGGAUCCGAAGCUGUCGUUCUUGAGAGGCCUCAUCGAUCCCAAACGCGAGACCAUGCUGGAUUGCUUCUCGGGUAACCCGGUCGUCAACGACAGAGUACCAGAGAUGGACCUGGACAUGAGUUCACUGGACGAAAGUCCUCCCUCUCUCGUUGUUGAAGACAUUGGCUUCAUCCCAUGGGCGUUCCCACCCAUGUUCAACUUUACUUUUGACGAUGCCGACACGGAGCGGCCCUCCGAUUACACUGCACCGUCAGCAGUUGCGGACUUGUUCAUCCCGGCUCUCACUUCUGACGGCACAGCUGCGCUAGACAUAUUCUCCAAGCAGAUCAUACGGGAACUGAACGCUCUUCAUACAACACUUUCUGUCAGCGAUGAGUCGUACAACCAACCUUUUGACAUUGACCUCGCUCAGUCGGUGUUCGCGCCGCAUACCUUGCGCAACUUCAUUUCCACCUUCUUCCGGCUCAGCCACAACUACGUUCCCCUUGUCCAUAUGCCGUCUUUUGGGUCCGAGGGCACAUCCCCGUUGCUAGUUCUAGGGGUGUCACUCUGCGGGGCCAUACGCUCACCACCAAGGGACGAUGCGUUAUCCGCCAAGUCAUUUCUACGUAUCGCCGAGGAGUACAUCUUCCGCCAGCUGAGAGACGUCAUGGCGACGAACCCAAAACCGACUCGAGCCGUCCUAGAGACGCUGCAGGCCGCUGUCCUUAUCCACCAAGUGCACUUCCUGCAGCACAGUGUUGAAACCAGACGGAGACAUCGAAUACGACGACUCCCUGCCCUCGUUUCUGCCGUCCGUCGUCUUGGCUUGUUGAACAGACGGCACUCCGCAAGCUCACGUACCACUCAGUUUCUAGCCGACGAAGCAUGCAUCAGGACCGCAACGUGGAUCACGUUGGCGGAUUGGCACCAGUGCGGCAUGUUCCAUGUCUUGCCACUCACGACCACGGCGGAGAUGCGCUGCGAUCUGCCUUGCCCUCACGCGCUGUGGGACACGAAAGACCUCACCGACGCGGACGUUGCCCUCUACCGGCGACAGACACGGGGCUCGCCUCAUUGUCUCUCCUCACUCAAGGCGCUGACGGAGACGCUCAUGGGGGAUCGCUGGCAGCCCGUGGAGCUGACAGCAUUUAGCUCUAUAGCUUUUACCGGCCUCGAGCUGGCUAUAUUCGCCCUCAGUUCUGUUGCCAUCUCGGCGCACCUCAUGUCCAUGAUGCCCGUCACAUCUUCGACCAUUUUGCGAGCCAUAUCCCGCUGGCAGGGGCUUUGGGAGGGAGGGACCACCCGCGCAGACGAAGACCGCGUCGAAAUGACGGCCAUGGCACGGCACUGCAGCGAGUUUGGUUGCCUCGUUCAGAAGAUCGUCGAGGCGUCCGUGUCGGGGCGCAAGCUGCCGCCGUACCUAGAGAAGGUGGCGCACGACUCGGUGGACGAGCUGUAUAACCUCGUACUGGAAGGAUAGGUCUUCACCCAAGUGUAUUCUGUGCUAUCGCGUGCAGCAUUUGGCGACAACCCAACUCAAUUGACUUCGGAUGCAUAACAUGGGUUUGGUCAUAUAAAACAGCGUGUCCAUCUGUCGCGAAACAGAGAAUUUCGGGACGAUCGACACGCAGGCCCCCUUGAUGUAUGUUUUACUUUUUCUAG